CAAAGCAACCGGGUGCACUGGCACCAGGCAUCUCCCACCCAGGUCCUCUGACAGCAUUGCACCCUGUUUGUUUUAGGAGUCUGCUGGCUCCAUCCAGACCCUAGAAGGAACAGCAGUUAGGUUAGGUGUGGGUAUGGCCACUUCAGGCCCCGCCCUCUGCACCUCCCUCCAGGCAGCAAGGUCCUUAGGGUCCUGGGGUCCCUCCCCAGCCGCUCAGAAAGCUGAGACUGCGACUCUGCCAACAGCUGGUUCCGGGGGUCGCGCUCGCUGCGUUGAGAAUGGACCACAGGGCGCGGAGCUCUUCCAGAGAGGCCCACGAGAGAGGUGGCAAGUCCUCUUCUAGGGAUGACAAGAAGGCAAAGGCCGGGAGGGGCAGCAGAGGCCAUGCUCGGCCGGAUGCUGGGGCAGAGCGGCAGAGCGCCCGGCAGACAGGGACCCGAAGGGAGCCCCGAGCUCCCGCCGCCACAGUAGUGGACGUGGACGAGGUUCGGGACCCCGGUGAGGAGGGCACGGAAGUGGUGGCGCUGCUGGAGAGCGAGCGACCAGAGGAAGGGAUCAAGCCCUCUGGAUUAGGGGCCUGCGAGUGGCUUUUGGUCCUCGCCUCCCUGAUCUUCAUCAUCAUAACGUUCCCCCUUUCCAUCUGGUUCUGCAUCAAGGUUGUGCAAGAGUAUGAAAGAGUAAUUAUAUUCCGACUGGGACAUCUGCUUCCUGGAAGAGCCAAAGGUCCUGGCCUGUUCUUUUUUUUACCCUGCCUGGACACCUAUUACAAGGUUGACCUCCGUCUCCAGACCUUGGAAAUACCUUUCCAUGAGGUAGUAACCAAAGAUAUGUUUAUAAUGGAGAUAGACGCUGUCUGCUACUACCGCAUGGAAAAUGCUUCUCUUCUUCUAAGAAGUCUAGCCCAUGUGUCCAAAGCCAUCCAGUUCCUGGUGCAGACCACCAUGAAGCGCCUCUUGGCACAUCGAUCCCUCACUGAAAUUCUCCUAGAAAGGAGGAGCAUUGCCCAUGAUGUAAAGGUUGCCUUGGACUCAGUGACCUGUAUUUGGGGCAUCAAAGUGGAGAGAACUGAAAUUAAGGAUGUGAGGCUGCCAGCUGGGCUUCAGCAUUCUCUGGCUGUGGAAGCUGAGGCACAAAGACAGGCCAAAGUGCGGGUGAUUGCUGCAGAAGGAGAAAAGGCUGCCUCUGAGUCCCUGAGGAUGGCCGCCGAGAUUCUGUCGGGCACCCCAGCUGCUGUCCAGCUUCGAUACCUACACACUCUUCAGUCGCUGUCCACAGAGAAGCCAUCCACCGUGGUUUUGCCUUUGCCGUUUGACAUGCUAAGCCUUUUGUCCUCUCCCAGCAACAGAGCACAAGGAAGCAUCAGCUACCCAAAUUCUUCCAAACCUGUUGAACCAAUAAAUCCCAAAAAGAAGGACUCUCCCAUGUUAUAGGUGAAUGGGCAAAAGCAAUGUGAAUCUGCCAUACAAAGCCAUUUCCCUGAGUGAGGCCUUGGGUAUCCUCCAACCCCCAUCCCUGCACUUGUUUGGUUGCCAAAUAGAAUGCCUUUUGAAUGUAUAAUGUUGCAAUGGCCACGUGCAUGAGAACUCAGUGAAAUGAUAGUGCCAGAGAAGAUAGCCAACCAUACAAGAGAGUUGUCUCAUCAUAUUAAUUACAGGAAAAAGAUUUAAAAUUUUGAAUUGACAUGUGGUCCGAUUAUGAUUUCUGAAAACUUAGUUCAAAUGCCUUCUACUGCAUGUUUCCUGGCUCCUUCAGCAGGGCCUUUCUGGAUCCUAGAGCCUUUUCUGCGAGUGCCUAUCAGUGUGCUCAUCAUACCGAGUAGAAAGUCUGAGCUUGGGACGCAGGUCUCUCCCCUUUCUGUAUUCUUUCACACUCCCACUGACACAGCCCACUAAGCUCUACUGCUGGCUUUUGACGUUUCCAGCCUAAAAGUCCAAACUCUCAAAAAGCAGUCCCAAGGCAUGAAAGUCAGGCAGGUUGUGGCAAACAACCCUACUUCCUCAGUACCAAUUCUGUUCUAGUUUCAUUUCUGCCUUUAUGAUUAAAAUAUUCCAGCAACAAGAAACUUAAAGGAGAAAGAGUUUAUUUUAGGGCAAAAUUCCAGGUUACAGUCCAUCACUGUAGAGAAGUUAAGGUAGGAACCUGAAGCAACUCUUAGUCGCUUCAUAUGUGGAAAUGCAGGCAAGAACCUGAAGCAACUGGUCACAUCAUAGUCAAGUGCAGAAAGCAAUGAAUACAUGAUCCUUAGUUGUUUGAGUUCAGCUCAGUUCAUCCCCUCAUCCAGUUCAGGGCUCCCCUGCCUACGGAGUGCUGCCACCUACCAUGGGCUGGAUCUUCCCACACUGAUUAACUUAAAAAUAGUCUCUACAGACAUGCCCAUGGGACAACCUAAUGUAGAAAAUCCCUCUUUAGUCUCUUCUGGGAUUAUUAUAUGUUGUAUCAAGUUGGCAACCCAAACUAAUCUUCACAUCUGCAUAGCAAGUCUCUGUCUCAAAGCCAACAACAAAAAUUGAGACACUUGUAUCAGUGUUCCAAAAAGUAAGUUAAGCCUAGACCAGUGCUUCUCAAGCUUCCUGAUGCUCUGACCCUUUAGUACAGCUCCCCAUGUUAUGGUGACCCCAACCAUAAAGUUAUUCUCAUUGCUACUUCAUAACUGUAAUUUUGCAGAAUUUUUCAUACCAAGUCCUAAUUGCUGUCAUGUACAGUAAGUAUAUUGCAAUGUAUACAACUACAGGCCAGAGAACUCUCUUCCUGGUAAGAAGUUAUGCUGAUAAUCAACCAGGGAUAUGUGUCUGGAUCAUAUCCUUUAUGGGAUACAGAUUUUGUGGAUAGAAGAGUUACUACCGACAGUAGGGAAUGAUAGGGCACAGAAAGGACAGAUAUGGGCACUGUCAUACUCUGUAAUACAAAGACACAUUUGUACUCAAUAUUGUUGAAAGGACUCUUCAUAUGUAUAGCUCCAAUAGCUUAGCAUAAAUACACUACUAAUGGUUUGUUCCAAGUUAACCACCUUCCAUAGCUUAGGUGCACCUGGAUGAGAACACUGUUGGUACCAACAGAAACUAACUAGACUUACAGUUUCAAUAAGUAGAUGGGCCUAGACAUCUACACAAAGAGGGGAAAAUACAAGGAAUGAUAGGAAGAGAAGGCAGACAUCAUCACACGCCUCAAAAACUUGGCUGAUCUCUUGACCAGAGGGUGCAAGCUGAGUCCAGCAUGGCUGGCUGGCUGCCUCUGUCUCUACUGUCUCCACCUCUCCCUGUAUCAGCUGUUGGAGAUUGUGAUGAUGAUGGUCUGAGAUGGUAAUCUGGUAUCAUCUCGGGUUGCUUGCUCACUGAAUAAAGUACACUUUUAUGAUUCA